UCUAUCAGUUAGCUGGCCAAGUAGUCUGUCGCUAUGCGCAAUGGUUCCAAAGGUCCCUUUCCAACAUUCCACCUGCUUCACAGCCAAUAGACGGGAACGCGUCCUGGUGAGCUGGACUACAGAAAGAACAUGCCGCGACGGACACGUCAAAACAAAAAGCCAUCCAAGUCUGCAUCAGAAGACCUGACAAGAAUAAUAGAAAAUGUCGAGUUUCAGUCGGAUGAUGUGGAGGGGGAGAGAGAGGGCGGGAGAGUAAAGAGAGAGGGGAGGCAGUGGGAGACAGAACCAGGGACAAGAGGCACUGCGAUGAGUGAGUGUGAGCGCGUUAGCCUGGUAAAACAGAACGGUCCUACUCUGAAGACGUCCAAACAAGUUCACAUCGUCUUCCUCCCCGACAGAUACCAAACUCUCAUAGAGGUGGAGGACAGCGAGGGAAGAGAGGAGGAGGAGAGGAAAAAAGAGGCGAAGGAGAAGAGAAAAAAGGAGAAACACAAGAAGUACAGAAAGAACGUCGGGAAGGCUCUGCGGUUCGGCUGGCGAUGUCUGGUUGCCGGGUUACAGAGCUUAGCGAGUGGCUAUGCUACACCCCUUUCGGCUGCAGCCACGUUGGUGACCGACGUCCACAGAACUCACCGCUAGGCAUGAUGGGACGGAGGACUAAUAUCUGGGACUAGACACAUACAGUCUCAACUGCAUUUUAUGUCAUUAUUUGAGACUCCUUAACCGUUACCUAAUACAGUAUGUGAUUCUAGUGGUUAAAUCAGGUUGGUUAUGUAAUGUUACCUUCUCCUGUUUCGUUUUACUCUGCUAGCAUUGUCACAUUUGAAUAAUAUUUUUAUGUUUCACGUUGAAUGUUUUGAUGUUUAUCCGUCUUUGUUUUGAUGUUUACUGGUCUUUGUUUUGAUGUUUACUGGUCUUUGUUUUGAUGUUUACUGGUCUUUGUUUUGAUGUUUUCUAUCUGAAAAGGAAGUAAAGAGAGUGCCGAGGAAGAAAGAGUAGGAAUGAGAAAGUACAGCACGGUAAAAUAUAAAGAGGAUGGAAACAGAAAUGGAUAUAGAUUUGAAAAGAGGAAAAAGUAUGACGGGAGACGGUUUGAGAUGCGGAGAUGAGUUGACAUAAAGUGUUUUUCUCCGAAGCAAAGUAAACACUUCUACAGUAUGCACCAGACAAUACUACGCACUUUAACUGGUUUACCUGCUCGAUUGAGAAAGGAUCGUGACCAGGGAAAUGAACCAAAAUGCCUGUCCAGGUCCUACCAUUCCCACCGUGGUACUAACCAGGGGUGUAUCCAGCAGGUCGCAACGUUUUUUGGAGUGCUCAGAACGAACCGUGUUGCUCUAACAUGCCUCAGAUAGGGAGGGCUGUAACGUAGACGCUUGGAGUCAGGAAGCAGGUUGGAGAGUUUAAAUAAAAUGCAAACAAUAAACCAACACAACACCAAGAGUAGCGUCGGGACAUGGAAACAGAGUCAGUAACGCCUGAUGGGAAAUAUAAGGCUUAAAAUACA